AUGGCUAGUGUUGCACCGGCCCCACCACCACCACAUCUGGAACGUAGGAAUACCGGUGUCGAUCAUCCACCUGAUUUGGAAUUUUAUCGGGACGAGUCUGAUCAGACAGGGAACUACAAAAGAAGACCGACAAUUCAAGAGCUUGCAGCUAACAGACUCCGCUCGGAGAAAUAUAAGAUUCCUGUUCCGGCUAUGUUGUGA